AUGGAGCUGCCACCAGGUAUCAUCUUUCUUACUCAAAGAGCGCCUAAGAUCACUUUGCCCCCUUUGCUCACAUAUCUCGCUGCGCGGGUACUGGGUUCGGACUCGCUGUAUGGAUAUCAGCCAUCGUGGUGGGCAUUGGGCGUUGCGAUGCUUGCCAGUCUGCCUCUUGCAUUUACCGCUGCAAUUGUCUGGGAUGAAGUGUACAUUAGGCUGGACGCCGCUCGCAAGGGUGCAGUUUUGCCUCCUCGCAUCGGGGAUUGGACUCCAGGAAACAUACUCACGCUCAUUAGACAAGUCAAGAGCUUUGAAAGGGGAUAUCCAGGAGAGUUUUUGGAGGAUAUAUGCGCUCAAGUUAAAGCAGGCGUAUUCAAUAAUCGUAUAUUUUUUGAGAAUAGGCUUGUUACAACUGAACCCGAGCAUCUGAAGGCCAUGUUGGGAACGCAAUUCGAUCAAUUUGAGAAAGAGCGCAUCAGCGAUUUUGAAAAUUUUGACAGGCAUGCGGAGGAUGCAAUUUCCCAACUCAAGGGCCGUCUGCGUGCAGGUUAUCCUGUUGAUUUUCAGGAUCUUGUAGCUCGAUUCACCCUCGAUUCUGCAACCGUGUUUUUGUUCGGAAACGAUGUUAAGUCAUUGGCCGGAGUACUCCCAUAUCCUCAUUAUAUCACCGACAUACCUUCAACCGAAAGGCAAACGGAAGAACACCCAGCGUUACGCUUCGUCAACGCCUUUGCAGAAGCACAGACAAUCAUGGCCUGGCGCCUGCGCUACGGAUACAUGUGGCCGCUCGCCGAGUUCUGGCACGAUAGGAUAAAGGGCCCAAUGAAGGUUGUGCAUGAUUUUGUUGACCCAAUUGUAGCGGAAGCUAUCAAGAAGAAAAGAGAAGGACAUGGAAACGUGAAAGAAAAGGAGGAAGAAACCCUCUUGGAGAAUUUGGUCAAUUCGACAGAAGACCAUAUAACAUUGCGAGAUGAGAUAAUGUCUUUGCUGGUUGCCGGACGUGAUACGACCGCCAGUGGAUUAACAUUCGUGGUCUAUAUGCUUGCGGAGUAUCCCGAAGUACUUCGUCGUCUACGUGCAGAAGUUCUGGAGAAGGUUGGCCGUCAUAGAACGCCAACGUAUGACGACUUUAGGGAAAUGAAGUAUAUGAAGGCUGUGAUCAAUGAAACGAUGCGCCUAUAUCCUGCUGUGCCGUUUAAUGUUAGGGCGUCCAAAUGCGCAACAGUUCUUCCCAGUAAGCCAGGUUCUCAGGAUAGACCGAUGUAUGUCCCCGCCAAUACAAGGCUGCCAUACGCUACUUUUGUCAUGCACAGGAGGACAGACCUAUGGGGACCAGAUGCUCGCGAGUUCGACCCAGAUCGCUUCUUGGACGACAGGCUGCAUAAAUAUCUCAUCCCGAAUCCGUUCAUAUUCAUUCCUUUCAACGCCGGACCAAGGAUAUGUCUUGGCCAACAGUUCGCCUAUCACGAGAUGUCCUUUUUCCUGGUCAAGCUUCUGCAGCAGUUUUCUGGCAUCUCGCUCGCAAGUGAUGCCCAGCCCCCGCAAUCGCGCCCGCCAUCGGAAUGGGCGGAGGAUACGAGCUACCCAAGGAAACAGAAAGAAAAGAUCAGGCCUAAAUCGCAUUUGACCAUGUAUAUCGAGGGAGGGCUAUGGGUGACGAUGGAGGAAGCUAAAGACAUAGAUUUUUAA